GAGAGAGAGAGAGAGAGAGAGAGAGAGAUAGCGAGAGAUAGAGGCUGAGAGAAGGAGAUCAGAGCAAGCAUAUAUAAUGACCCCUGGUGACGCCUUGUGACACUCCUCGGCAACCAUGACGCCACUCCACCUUCUCCUGUGCGUGGCGGCUGUGCUGCCUCUCACCACCACUGGAGAUGAAGACAGUGAGAAGGAUUGGUACACCACCUGGCCAUGGUACACAUCCACCCCCUAUCCUAAUACUAGAACACCAUCAACCAAUGAAUGCGACAUGCCCUUCCUGCGUGUGGGGGAUCGGUGCGUGUUGGUGGUUCCCUUCGUGACUGGGACGUGGGAGGAGUCGAGGUACUAUUGCCACACACAGAACUCAGAGCUCGUGCAGACAGACAACAUUAAUUUCUUCUACAAUCUGCUUAACUACCUCAGAGAUGAAGGGCUGGAGCAACAUAGCUACUGGCUGGGCGCGAGGGACAUAGAUGUAGAAGGAGAAUUUCGCUGGACUAUCGGAGACGGCUUGGUACCAAUGGGCUCUCCUUUCUGGGCCAUCAAAUACUCCUCCAGUACCUACUACGACAUUGAGCCGCUUGGGACCACCACCUCCAAUUGUAUCCGUAUGGACCACGUGCGCCACUUGUAUCUAGAUGACGAAGACUGUGACCACGAGUACUCCUUCAUGUGCGAGAAGAAGCUGAGGGUGUGAUGAGAGAGAGAGAGAGAGAGAGAGAGAGAGAAGUAUCUCUGUAUCUUCGGAUGAUAAAUAAAAGUAAACACGCAAAACAUUACAA